AUGUAUCAACCUUGUGCCAAGAUGGUUAGCCUGAAAUCUCAUGGACAGCGCAUCCACCCAGCCCAAUAUGCCACAGCCCUGGCGUCAGACCGCACUGCAAAGACAUAUUAUCAACUUGAACCUGCGGUAAAUCUGAUGCGCCUACCUGGCGGCAAAUUGGUGGACAACACUAAUGAAAGCGGCGAGGAAAUUGCCAGCGUAAAGGUUGCCAACACUAUCAAUGAUUCUCAGAGCCCACCGAAGACUAGCAAGGCAAACUUUGAUGACAGCGGUCCCUCAGUACAGAAUGACGAGGCUCCGCCUCUGGCAGUGAGAGAAUAUGAAAAUGGCGAGGUGGACUCCAUGGUGAAGCUCAAAGAGAGACUGCAGCUUGCGGAGAAGAACUGCUCGAGGUUGGAAGAGCUGCGUCAAAAGUACAGACUUCGUUGGUUGGAGGAAAAUUAUCGAGCAAGAGUAUUGGAAGAAUACGCACCAAAUGGAAUUAACACCUGCCCUCCCCACCAGAUUGCAUGGGAUGCUCCCUCUCCCGUUCAAAGUGAAUACAACCUCGAAGUUGAGGACGAAAGGAUCGGAGGAUGCGGGAACACCGGUGGAUUAUUUAGAUCACUUGGCCAGGUCCCAGGAUGGUACUUUCAGCUCGUGUAG